CUUUCUCUCUCUCUCUGCUCAACAUCCAUUGUGUGUGCAUAGUCAAGGCCAAAAUGGAGGGAAAUUGAACGGCUGAAGCUUCAAAAUAUGGAAAAACAGACGUGCUUCGAGUGUCUGCAACGUCGAAUCCAGUCUGACUUCUCAGACAAAUUGGUCUUUUGCUAUGGGAUUUCCGAUUCAGCUCUCCCCUUCGGCUCUAGGGCCGUUGUUCAAUGGACGAGUUCCGAUGGAGAGCUUUCGACUCAGUUUUUACUGGUCUGUGUGCCGAGACAGGAGGACGAGUGCUUAGCAAAAUAUGUGGAUGGGUAUUGUCUGGAAAAUGUUGACACUUACAAUAAUGGGAACAAUGACAUGAAGUCAUCUGAAAUGGAUCAAGAUAAGGAGGUUAUAGACUCCCUGAGGAAUAUAUCCAAGUGUCCUCUGAAUUGUGGCAGAACAGAACUAGAUGGAAUAGAUUCAGAAGGCUCUAAGAUUUGCUACUCUGGCAGGUUUUCAUGCUUAAGGACUAUUACUGCAUUAACUCCAGUUGCGUAUGUGGGUAGGGGUACUUACUCUAUGAUCGAAGACCUUGCUUGCGACUUCUUAUCUGGUUCCAUGGAAGAUCAUGUACUUUCCUCGCUUAAUCUCCUUAUCGAGGGAAAACCAACGGGACAGGAUAGUGUAAAUUUUCUUAGUUUAGUUGGGAUGCCUUCAUUUGAUGAGAACAGCAUUCCAGGUUGUGUGAGGCAUCCAAACAUAGCUCCUGUCCUGGGCUUGCUAACAACACCUGAUUAUAUUAAUUUAUUUCUUCCAAAAAGUCUUUAUACAUUGGAAAAUGUUUUGCACUAUAGCCCCCAUUUUUUAAAGACUGAGUGGCAUAUUAAGUUCUUAAUCUAUCAAAUACUCUCAGCCUUAUCUUACAUUCACAGCCUAGGGGUUUCUCAUGGUGAUUUAUGCCCUUCCAAUGUAAUGUUGACCAGUUCGUGUUGGUCUUGGUUGUGUAUCUCUGAUAAGCCUUGUUUGAAGGAUAACCUAAUCUCAAGAAAUGAAACAAAUCCACCUGUUAUGUCUUCCCCAAGAUUAGGUUGCUGCAUUAAAGGUUGUCCUUGUGAAGGUCUUUAUGCUGAUUUGAAACUUUCUCCUUCUAUAGAUUGGUUCUCAGAUUUCAAGCGGUGGUGGGAGGGUGAAUUGAGUAACUAUGAAUACCUCCUUGUCUUAAAUAGAAUAGCUGGGAGAAGGUGGGGGGAUCACACGUUCCACCCAGUAAUGCCAUGGGUAAUAGAUUUCAGUGUGAAACCUGAUGAGAACUCUGAAGCUGGUUGGCGAGAUCUAAGCAAGAGUAAGUGGAGGUUGGCAAAAGGUGAUGAACAACUGGACUUCACAUAUUCUACAUCAGAAAUCCCUCAUCAUGUUUCAGAUGAAUGCCUUUCUGAGCUGGCUGUCUGCAGUUACAAAGCUAGAAGGUUACCCUUGAGCAUAUUACGUAUGGCUGUUCGCUCAGUUUAUGAGCCUAAUGAGUAUCCUUCAAAUAUGCAAAGGCUUUAUCAGUGGACCCCUGAUGAGUGCAUCCCAGAGUUUUAUUCUGAUCCUCGAAUUUUCUCUUCUCUUCAUUCAGGUAUGAGUGAUCUGGCAGUGCCUUCCUGGGUUAGUAGUCCUGAGGAGUUCAUCAAAUUGCAUCGAGAUGCAUUAGAAAGCAAUAGGGUCUCACAGCAAAUCCAUCAUUGGAUUGAUAUCACCUUUGGCUACAAGAUGUCAGGUCAAGCAGCUAUUGCUGCCAAGAAUGUCAUGCUGCCCUCAUCUGACCCCACAAAACCAAGGUCAAUGGGACGUCGUCAGCUAUUUACUCUACCGCACCCCAUCCGCCAGGGUGCCGUUGCCCCACAUCCAUGUGAUAUCUCUAAAGAACCAGUGGCAUCCAAGCAUCAAGCAAAUGAAUCCAGUUCCGAACAAUCUCUCCUUUCCCAAACUGCUUGCUUACAAGACUUAGAAGCAGCAACUUCAUUUUGUGAACAAGCUUGGCAUUUGAGUCAUCUCUAUCAUUGUCAUCAAGGGGAUCUUAUUGAGAGUUUUGCAGAAGAGCCACCGAGUGAGAAUUUUGAAACUGUGAUAUCUGAAACACCUAGAAGUGCCAAUAGUUUUGUAGAAUCACCUGAUAUUGACUUAAGUAGUCUUCUUGAAUAUUUUGAGGUGGAUGAUAAUGGUUCCAUGGGAUUUCAUGAGUUAUUGCUUUGGAGACAGAAAUCAUCUGUUAUGGGAACCAAUUCUGAAAUUGUUGCAGAGGAUUUAUUUUCUUUUGGGUGUAUUCUAGCAGAACUUUAUUUGAACAGGCCACUUUUCAAUCCAAUCUCAUUAGCUGCAUACAUGGAGAGUGGUGUUUUACCUGGAUUGAUGCAGGAACUUCCUCCUCAAGCUGCAGUACUUGUUGAAGCAUGUAUUGAGAGGGACUGGAGGAGGAGGCCUUCAGCAAAAAGUCUUUUAGAAUCACCAUACUUCCCAGAAACAGUCAGGUCAUCUUAUGUGUUUCUUGCGCCACUUCAUCUUUUAGCAAAAGAUGGAUCCUGUCUUCAAUAUGCUGCAAAGUUGGCAAAACAAGGAGCUUUGAAAGCCAUGGGAAAAUUUGCAGCUGAAAUGUGUGCUCCCUAUUGCUUAUCACUUCUUGCAACCCCUUCAUCAGAUACUGAAGCUGAUUGGGCUUUUUUGCUACUUAAAGAAUUGUUGAAAUGCUUGAAGCCUCAAGCAAUAAAGACAUUGGUCCUGCCUUCUAUCCAGAAGAUUCUGCAGGCUACAAAUUAUACACAUUUGAAGGUUUCUCUCCUCCAAGACUCAUUUGUGCAGGACAUUUGGAAACAUCUUGGUAAACAAUCAUAUUUGGGGGCAAUACAUCCGUUAGUCAUCUCAAAUUUAUAUGCUUCACCUCAUAAAAUUUCAGCUUCUUCUGCCUCUGUGCUGCUUAUUGGUUCUAGUGAAGAGCUUGGCAUACCUAUUACAGUUCAUCAGACAAUCUUACCUCUACUUCAGUGUUUUGGCAAAGGACUUUGUGCUGGUGGAAUUGAUGUCCUGGUUAGAAUUGGUGGACUUUUGGGAGAGAGCUUUAUUGUCAAGCAGCUUCUACCAUUGUUGAAGAAUGUUGUUCUUUCCUGUAUUGAUGUUUCACAUGUAAAUAAGCCAGAACCUAUGCAGAGUUGGAAUGCUUUAGCCCUUAUUGAUGGGCUUAUGACAUUGGAUGGUCUUGUAGCAAUCUUGCCAAAGGAGACAGUCGUCAAGGAGCUGAUUCAAGACCAAACUUGUCUUCAUGUUAAGGUUCUUAUGCAGACACAUUUGGACCUUUCAGUGCUACAGGUUGCUGCUACUGCUCUUAUCUCUGUUUGUCGACGGAUUGGACCAGAAUUCGCUGCUUUGCACAUCCUGCCACAACUCAAAGAGCUAUUUGAUGAACUAGCCUUUUCUCAAGAAACAACCAGGGGAUCCAGUUAUUCUGGUAGAAGCUUAAAGAUCUCCAAGUCAAAAUUAAAUGAAGAUAUUCAAAUAGAAAGCCGCAUGGACCUUGUGUUGCUUCUAUAUCCUUCCUUUGCUUCUCUUCUUGGUAUAGAGAAGCUUCGUCAGUGCUGUGCUACAUGGUUACUUCUAGAGCAAUUCCUCCAACGAGCCCAUAGCUGGAAGUGGGAAUUCACAGGGGAAGCAUCUAGAAGUGGUACAGAAAAUAUAAAUCCUCAAAGGCCCUUAUUCAGCAAGAUCUCAGCAUCUGAGUACAAUCCAGCUAAACUGUUGCUCAAUGGUGUUGGGUGGUCAAUACCACAGUCACAAGGAUCUAGGAGUUCAAAGAACUUUAUGUCUAAUAAACAGUUUGAUGUUGCUCAUCCAAUUUCAGAUGCCAUUCAAGUAUCUAAAUCAAAUCCUGGACAAUCUGAACCUUGGUUUUGGUUCCCUAGUCCUGCUACUAGUUGGGAUGGCCCUGAUUUUCUUGGUCGCAUUGGGGGCAUAAAAGAUGAACUUCCAUGGAAGAUCAGAGCAUCUAUUAUUUACUCCAUCCGUUCACAUCCUGGAGCACUGAGAUCAUUAGUUGUCUGUGAUGAUGAGCGUACAGUUUUCACUGGAGGUGCUGGUCCAGGAUUCAAAGGAACUGUUCAGAAGUGGGAAUUGUCAAGAAUGGAAUGUGUAUCUGGUUACUAUGGCCAUGAUGAGAGUCAGCCAGGAGUAUGGAGUCUCCUUCCAACCUUAACUCUAAACCAAGUAAUUGCAUAUAGCCUGAAGGUGGUGAACGGCAUUUGCAUCUUGUCUUCUACUGGAAGGGUGGCUUCUUGCGAUGGAACAAUACAUGUAUGGAAUAGCAAAACUGGAAAGCUGAUAUCAGCAUAUGCUGAACCAUCAGAAAAUUCCUCACAUCUUAUGAGUUCUGGAUCCUCUGUAUCAAGAAUGAACUCAGACCAGGCCAACAUACUUAAUUCCAAUGUGUUAUCUGGUGGAAUAUUGACAAGUGCAUUUGGUGGGUGCUUGUACACCUGUAUGCAUUACUUGGAUUCUUUUGAUAAACUUGUAGCUGGCAUGGGAAAUGGUUCUUUGAGAUUCAUUGAUGUUGCUCAAGAUCAGCAACUUCACUUGUGGAAAAGUGAAUUACUGGAAUCCUCUUUCUCUUCUCUUAUCUCUGCUUUGUGCUCAUGUGGUUCUGACAACAUGCAAUCAAACACAACAACUUCUUCAUCCUGGAUUGCAGCUGGAUUAAGUUCUGGUCAUUGCAGGCUGCUUGAUGCAAGGAGUGGAAGUGUUAUUGCUUUUUGGAGGGCUCAUGAUGCGUAUAUCACAAAGUUGGCUGCACCAGAGGAUCAUUUGCUUAUUUCCAGCUCUCUUGAUAAGACUUUGCGAGUUUGGGACCUCAGAAGGAACUGGUUGUCAAAUUCAAAUGUUUUCAGAGGCCAUUCAGAUGGUAUAUCUGACUUCUCCGUCUGGGGUCAAGAUGUAAUUUCAAUUUCCAGAAACAAGAUUGGCCUUUCCUCAUUAUCCAGAUAUGGAAAUGAAGAUGGACAGCAGCAUAUUUCACCCCAGAAACUGUACACGGCAGAUCGUGGGAUGAGAAGCUUGUCUUUCCUGUCUAGUAUAUCUAUUCUUCCCUUCUCACGACUCUUUCUUGUUGGAACAGAAGAUGGUUAUCUGAAGAUCUGUUGCUAGAUUUGUCUUUGUUUUCCAUACUCAUCUAGUUUUGCUGUUAUGCAUUAAGGUCAUGUAUAUCCUUAAUCCUUCAUUAAUGGAUAUCUCCCAGUUCAAGCAGUACAGAUUGUUGAAAUUCUGUCUUUAACCUGGGGAUGUCUGGAAAAUGGCAAAAACUGCUUCUCUAAAGACAUCUGGCAAAAUUUAUUUAUUUUUUCUUCAAAAAUUAGUUGUAAAAAGAAUUUUUAUGUUAUGUAAAUGUAUAUUCUUUGUGAAUUAUGAUGGCU